AUGGAUCUAAAAUUAGCGGUUUUACUGCUUUUGCUUCUAUGCUUGUGCCCUGUUUUCAGUCAAGAACUCAAUCCAAAGGGUAGGAACGUGUGCAAAGUUCCAGGGUCACCAGGGCUUACGUGUUGCAGCGGAUGGGCGCAGCAAGGCGAAGAGUGUUUAACACCGCUCUGCGAAGGUAACUUCACUUGUAAUGAGAACGAGGUGUGUGUCCGACCAAACGAAUGCCGCUGUCGUCACGGAUAUUUUGGGGCAAGUUGUGACACAAAGUGUCCCGCUCAGUUCUGGGGUCCAGACUGCAAGGGCAUGUGCACGUGUCACCCUAACGGUAAAUGCGACGAUGUGACCGGGAAGUGCACGUGCUACCCAAACCGCUGGGGUGAGAACUGCGAGAAGCCCUGCAACUGUCAGAAAGGGAAAUGUGACCAGGAGACGGGCAAAUGCACCUGCCAUGCCGGUUACUGGGGGCCGCAGUGCAACAACAACUGCUACUGCAGCAUAAACUCGGUGUGCGACCAGAACACGGGCCGGUGCAUCUGCAACCCUGGCUGGUUCGGCCGUAACUGUGGCGCUCCGUGUGUGUGUAACAACUCGCCUUGUGAGCAGUUUUCGGGCCGAUGUCAGUGCAGGGAGAGGCUCUGGGGUCAGCGCUGUGAACGGCACUGUCAGUGCACAAACGGGAAGUGUAACCCUGUGGAUGGAUCAUGUACCUGUAAACCCGGAUACAGAGGAAAGCUAUGCCGGGAGCCGUGUCCAGCUGGCUUCUAUGGACAGAACUGCAGAAACAGGUGUGGCCACUGUAAAGGCCAGCAGCCCUGUAAGGUGACGGAGGGUCACUGUGAAACGUGUGAGAGCGGCUGGAAUGGGACAAAAUGUGAUCAGCUGUGUGCAGAGGGUUACUUCGGAGAGAACUGUAAGGAUCAGUGUCCGCCGUGCAAAGACGGUCAUUACUGCAACCGCAUCAACGGGAAGUGCUCCCACUGCAAUCCCGGCUGGAUUGGAGAUCGCUGUGAGGUGCGCUGUCCUAACGGCACCUAUGGAGAAAACUGUGAAAAAGACUGCAGCCAUUGUUUUAAUGGAGACUGCCAUUUUGCCACAGGAGAGUGUCUCUGUGACCCUGGCUUCUAUGGGACAUACUGCAACCUGACCUGUGAGUUUGGUCAGUUCGGAGUGAACUGUGCCCAGACCUGUUCCUGUCAUGACAAGAACUGCAACCCAGUGUCGUGUUAAAUGAAACAACUGAAUACACGUGAGUUUUGUGGUAAAUUGCAAACUUUACUCAACUUCUGUCUCACGCUGGUGGUUCUUCUCUCUCUGCUGUGCUGCUGCUUCCUCUGUAGCAACAAAGACAACCGCAACAAGAAGGCCAAAAUAAUCCUCUGCGGCGGAUUCAGUCGAAUCAGCACCAAACUCCCCAGAAUCCCUCUGAGGAGACAAAAACUACCCAAAGUUGUUGUCACCCACCACGAUCCUGAGAACACCUUCAACAGUAUUAUCGAGCCGCCCUCCGUGGUGGACCAGCCUUGUCCAUCAUGGUCAUCCCAGGAGUCCUUCUCUUCCUUCGAGACGAGCGAAGAUGGGCCUAUUUACUGCGUACCCCACGAAGAGACUACGAAUGAGAGCUGUAACAAGCGAAAUUCUAGCACUGUUCGAGAAAUACCACCGACCCCCAACUACGAUGACGCAGGAGAGUACACGUCCCUCAAAGACACAAGAGGAACUACGAAGCAGUACAUUAGCGAUGGGAGCGAACAGCCUCUCCUGAAGUCUUCAGACAGCGAGGGCUCCACCAGUGGUUCGGAGUCAACCAUAAGAGCUGUUUACGCCCAUGUCGCCCGCCUUUCCAAACACUCCAAAGAGGAGGAGGACAACGCCUCACCAGAGAAGACGAAAGAGAAGACGAAACCUCGUCCUCCAGACCCUUCCACCAAACCGAAGGUGUCCUGGAUCCACGGAAUAUCUGGAAGCAGCCCAACAGAGCAAAGCCAGACUCCAUCACAACAUAAAGAAAAGAGGAAGAACAACUCAGAAGGUUCUGGAAAGGUGGAUGAGAAGCAGCGAUCAAAGGAGAAGUCAAGCAAGAACCGUGAAAAGCAUCAGGAUGGUAAGAAAGCAGAUGGACCCGAAUCACCAAGCAAAAGCAAAUCUCACAAAGCUUCGGAUGCCAUUGAGCACCUCAAUGGAACAUUCCAGAACGCCCUGAAGAAGAUCGGAAACUUCCACUCGGACAAGAAAACAAACGACACCAACAAAGAUCCACCCAAGAGCCCAAAGAUCAUGCAUCCGCAUAUGAACUCUGAGGCCGCCACGCUACUCGCAGCCCAGCUGAAGGAAAAGACCCAAAGCCUUAAUCGGAACGAGGGUCUCACGGUGGGCAUUAAACCCAAUGGUGUAUCAACACCUCAAGCCAACAGAGAGAAACCCACCCCACCUCAAAAGACCAAGCGCUCUGCAACUGGGACCAACAAGCCCCUUCUUCCCACCUCCAGCAACCUCCAGAAGAUGGUGGCUCCUGUUUCAGACUCUACACCUGAACCUAAAAGCCCAGAAAAACAAGGGGUUAAUGGGACCAGAGUUGAAGGAGACGCCACAGCAAAGAAAACACCCAUCAAAAAACCACCGAGGAAGAAAGGAAAGGAGGGAUCACUGGAGACGGAAGGCAAAAGCACUCCAAAGACGGCCAUUAUGCCACCUCAGACUGUCAAAUAGAUGUUUGAUCACAUUGGUGCAUCCAUUUUUGAGAAUAUAAAAGUACAGUUUUUCUUUCAUUAAACUUUAUAUAGGAAUUGGAUGGAUUUUUUUUUUUUUUUAAUGGACAAGCUGCUUAUAGGAUUUAAUAUUUUGAAGGAUUGUGGUUCUCGUUAACUCUUUGAAGACCUGGAAUCGGAAACAACAUUGUGGCUUGUGUACAGUAUUAGAAAGGAAGAGUGAUUGAAUUUAAUGUAAUAAGCUCAUGUUGUAUGCUCAAUUUUACAUAUACGUCCAAAGAGAGAUUUUUCAAUGCUAUCCUAAUUGUGUGAUCAACAGGUUUUUGUGUCUGAAAAGGUUGAAUUUAGCACUGUAUUCACAGGUGUAAAGAAUGAACCAAAGGUACUUUAAAGGUGCAGAAAUGAUGCCUAUAUUGAUUUUCUCUCAGGCCAUAUUAGUAUAUUCAAUACCUUGUAAAUUGUGUCAUGAAGGAAAUUCUCAGCUUAGUUUCUAAGACAUGUCAUUUGGUUCACGUUCAUCAGUACUUCACGCUUUUUAAGCUUAAAAUGAGUGAUAUCUAUAUUCUUGCUGUUGAAGCUUAGCACUAGUUUGUCCUUUUCCCAUAAAGUACCCACAGUCGGUAUUGCAUUUUUUGUUUAAGGCCAUAUAAUGAAAAUUUAGGGGUUUUUUUUGCUUUUAGUCUGUGUAUGUUGGAGUUCAGGCUGUUUACAUGAUAUUAAAGCCCUAAAAGUUCAGAAAACAAGUACAGUUAUACAACCUUUCUCCUCUAGGCUAGAUCUUGUACACCGGGGAGUAUUCAAAUUCUCAUCCAAUAAAAUUAGGUCCUUGCUGAACUUCCUGUUGAAAUAGGAAACACACAUAAAAAAAAAGUGUGGGGGAAAAUGAAAAUGUUUCAAUCAGUUUUGAACGUUGAUAUUUGCAUUAAAAAUCAGCACUUAAAUUAUUCUUAAACUCAGUAAUUAUUUUAUGCCUUGCAAAUCUGACAUGCUUUUCUGUACACUACUGCAUGUUUCUACAGCAUAACUAUGGCAUUACUAUAGUGCUCACUGGCAUUUAAUGAAAAAUAAU